GUUUAUUUCUCCGGACUGAAGCUGAAACAUCUCCGCUCUCCGUCAGCGUAUCACUCCACCACAAGACGAGGGACUUUAUCUACAAAUGACCCCCCGGUGGCUGAGCUGCGGUACUGCAGUGUUUCUGCUCCUGCUCCACAUCUCUCUGGUCAUCUCACAGUCCUGCCCCAAUGGGAUCCCGGGGAUACCGGGCAGCCAUGGGCCCAACGGCAUGGACGGGCCAAUGGGACAAAAGGGAGACGCUGGUGAGGCAGGACAGCCUAUCAGGGGCCAGAAGGGGUUCCUGGGUCUCGGGGGCCCCCCAGGACGCCCUGGCCUGAAGGGGGACGGGGGUCUUCCUGGACAUCCCGGAAACCCAGGCCGACACGGGCAGAAAGGAAGACCCUUCAACCCUUCCAACCAGCAGAUAUCUUUCUUCUCCUACAAACGGGUGAUAUCUCAAACUCCAGAACUCGACAAUACCAUCGACUUCAACCGCCAGAUUUUGCCUGAGCUGGAUGAGCAGUUUCGUGGAGAGGAAUUGAACAACGGGACGUUCACAUGCGCCAUCAAAGGAAUCUAUUUCUUCAGUUAUCACUUUUCAGCAAAGAGCAGAGUGUGUGUGAAAAUGAUGAAGAACAGCGAGGAUCACAUGACGCUGUGCGACACGUCCGAGGGUUUCCUGGUGACCUCCGGCUCUGCGGUGCUGGACCUGGAGGUCGGAGACACCGUGUCUCUGCAGGCGACCAGGUUCAACAGCUUGGUGACGAAGAUGGACAGCACCAGCCACACCUUCACCGGAUUCCUGAUCUCCCCCACCGGCAUCUGAGCCACAACAUUUAUAAAAUAACAAACUUCUAAUCGAGGACAUUUACAGCUAUUACAUGAAAUGUGUGCAAAGAUCAGCAGAAUUAAUAAAGGUACUGUUGCUUUCAAGAA